GAGACGGUGGCCCUCCCAGUUUCCUAGAGAGGCCGCGGAGGCCCGGGGCGGCGGCGCGCGUGCGCGACGGGCCAGCGGGAGCCGGGCGCGGGGCGUGCGGUGCGGCGGGCAGGCGGAGUAUCGGGCGGCCGCGGGAGUCGUCUCUUGCCAGUGACGGCUGAUGUCCCAGCAAAUGGCAUUGUCCACUACAGUGCUGAAAAGAGAAUCCUGAGGUCCCAGCAGCAACACGGCUACUGCAGACUUGGUUUGCACUCUGCUGGGUAGACCCUGAAUGAGAGUGAUGCCUCCAGGCAGGUGGUAUGCUAUCCAUCCAGCUCAGGCCCAGGCUUCAAGGGAGCGAAGGCGCCUUCAGAUGGUAAAGAAGGAAGAAGAGGAUGAAGGCUACACUUCAGUGCAGGCCGCCAGGCCACAGACACUCAACCGUCCUGGUCAGGAGCUGUUCCGCCAGCUCUUCAGGCAGCUUCGCUACCAUGAGUCUUCUGGGCCCCUGGAGACUCUGAGCAGGCUCCGGGAGCUCUGCCGCUGGUGGCUGAGGCCUGACGUUCUCUCCAAGGCCCAGAUCCUGGAGCUGCUGGUGCUGGAGCAAUUCCUGAGCAUCCUGCCUGGGGAGCUCCGGACAUGGGUGCAGCUGCAUCACCCUGAGAGUGGUAGGGAGGCUGUGGCCCUGCUGGAGGAGCUGCAGAGGGAUCUUGAUGGAACACCACAGAGGGACCCAGCCCCUGCCCAGAGCCCAGAUGUGCAUUGGAUGGGUACAGGAGCCCUGCGAGCCGCACAGAUAUGGCCCCCUGCUUCACCUCUCAGGAGCAGCUCUGCUCUGGGGGACCACCUGGAGCCUCCCUAUGAAAUAGGAGUGCGUGACUUCCUGGCUGGGCAAUCCGACUCUUCUGCUGCCCAGGUGCCUGCUCUUUCUCAGAGAGAGGGGUGCUCAGGAGACCAGGUGACAGCUGAGCCUCAGGAGGCUAUGACUUUCAAGGAUGUGGAGGUGACCUUCUCCCAGGAUGAGUGGGGAUGGCUGGACUUUGCUCAGAGGAACCUGUACCGGGAUGUGAUGCUGGAGAAUUAUGGGAAUAUGGCUUCUUUGGUGGGGCCAUUCACCAAACCUGCUCUGAUCUCCUGGUUGGAGGCAAGGGAGCCGUGGGGCCUGAAUAUCCAGGGAGCUAAGGGGAAUCCAGGUGCCACUCCUGCAGGAGAUGAGCUCCAGAUUAAAACGAACAAGUUCAUCUUAAAACACGAACCUUUGCAAGAAGCAGAAACCUUAGCUGUGCCAUCAGGAUGUCAUGCAACAAGUGUUUCUGAGGGAACAGGGCUCAGAGAAUCUUUUGAACAGAAGAGCAGGUUAAAGGAGCAGUGUGGAAACCCUGUAAAAGAGAGAGUUAAGAAAGAAGAGACCAAUUUCAGUCACAGGGCAAGAAAAGAAUUUGAAGGAUCAGGAAGAAGUAAUAGUCUUAAUCUAAAACAUGUUACCUAUUUGAGAGUUCCCAGAAGGAAGCGAUCUCUUAAACAUGGCCAUGGCAGACACUUUAGAGGGAGUUCAUACCACUGUGACUACAAAGAUUAUGGGAAAGGGCUCAGACUCACGAUUGGCGGGUUCAGCCUGCAUCAGAGAAUUCAUGGUGGACUAAAAGGGAAUAUGAAGGAUGCGCAUGGAAAAGACUUCAGCCUUAGCUCUCAUCACCAGCAUGGGCAGAAUCUUCACCCAGCCGCGACAUUGUAUAAGUGCAGUGACUGUGGGAGGACCUUCCGUAAUAGCUACCAUCUUGCAUGUCAUCAGAGACUUCACACGCAGGAGAAACCAUUUAAAUGUAGGGUGUGUGGGAAGGCCUUCAGGUGGAGCUCAAACUGUGUGCGACAUGAGAAAAUUCACACGGGUGUGAAACCUUAUAAGUGUAGUCUAUGUGACAAAGCUUUCCGACGCAUGUCUGCCUAUCGUCUGCACCAGGAAACCCACGCUAAGCAGAAAUUUCUUGAAUCAAAUCAGUGUGAGGAAGUUCUCACUCAUGGCUCAGGAUUUGAUCAUCAUUUUAGAGACCAAAGUGGGGAGAAACUCUUUGACUGUAGCCAGUGUAGGAAAUCCUUCCACUGUAAAUCAUAUGUUCUUGAACAUCAAAGAAUUCACACCCAGGAGAAGCCCUAUAAAUGUACCAAGUGUAGGAAAACCUUUAGGUGGAGGUCAAACUUUACUCGUCAUGUGAGACAGCACCAAGAAGAACAGUUCUAUAGUCAAAACGAGCGUGGGGAAGGCUUGAGGCAGACUUCCAGCUGCAGUGAGCCCCAGAGCGCCCCCACCGCGGAGAAAGCUUUCCCGUGUCAGCAGUGCGGGAAGACUUUUACUCGCAAGAAAUCUCUUGUUGAUCAUCAGAUAACUCACACAGGGGAUAAACCAUACCGAUGUAGUGAAUGUGCGAAAGAAUUUAGUCAUAGGACAACGUUUAUUGUUCAUAAGAAGCAGCACGCCCUUAAGAGGAAACCUAAGGAUGGGCCAUCUCUCAGUCAGGACAGAGCGUUCCAGGUUCCUGAGGGCACCACGGAGGAGCCCUACAAAUGCAGCCAGUGUGGCAGAGCCUUCCGUAAUCACUCAUUUCUCCUCAUCCAUCAGAGGAUUCACACCAGAGAGAGGCCUUAUAAGUGCAAGGAGUGUGGGAAAGCUUUCAGAUGGAGUUCUAACUUCUCCCGACAUCAGAGGAUUCACGCUUUGGAAAAGCAGUACAAGUACCAUGAAAGUGGAAACACUCCAGAACUACAGCCACAAAUCCUCACUGGCGAGAAACGUUUUUGGUGCCAAGAAUGUGGGAAAACCUUUACACGUAAACGAUCUCUGUUAGAUCAUAAGGGAAUACACAGUGGAGAGAAGCGCUAUAAAUGUAAUCUGUGUGGGAAAUCUUACGAUAGAAAUUAUCGCCUUGUUAAUCAUCAGAGAAUCCACACUAAAGAGAGACCUUUUAAAUGUCAGUGGUGUGGGAAAAAUUUCAUUGGGAGACAAACCCUCUGCAUUCAUCAGCGAAGGCACACUAGAGCGGCACAGUCUGAAGGCAGCCUGGCUGGGUUGUCGUCCUGCCAUGAUACAGGGGUGAGUUCACAGGAGUUAAAACCAAGUGGGGAGAAGCCCCUUAAAGAUUGUGAGGAAGCUUGUGACCAGAGCUCCAGGCUCGCUGGACUCCAGAACACACCCGUUGGAAAAAAGUGCCACAAAUGUAGCACAUGUGGGAAAAUUUUUAAGAAGAGCUCACAACUCAUUAACCAUGCGAGAUUUCACACUCGAGAGAGGCCAUUCAAAUGCAGAGAGUGUGGGAAGACCUUCAGGUGGACUUCAAAUUUGGCUCGGCAUAUGAAAAAACAUAGUGGAGAUUAACUUGGGGCCUGACAAUGGGGUGAGGGGAUCCUAACUGCCCUGCUGGAGAGCUCAUAAUUGUAGGCAGUGCAGGGAAAACCUUCACAAAGGCCUUUCUGUUUGGGAAGCUAGUGGCAGAGAAUCUUGAGGCUUCAAAAACUCAAGGCAUCCAGCCUCCUACCUGCUGGAAAAUGAGAUGCUGGGGAAGAGCAGCAGCUUGUUCGUUGGGGUCCUUCUGGAGGCUUGGGCCCCCAGGCAUGGCCUUUGCACAAUGGCCUGGAGCUCCCCCAGCCAGGUCUCCUUCCAUAACUCUAAAGGUUAUUCUGUAUCUCCUUCCAUAACUCUAAAGGACUUUAAAGAGACCAUUGCCCUUUGUGGUUCGACAGAAUGUCUGUGGCCUGGUAGGCUGUGGCUGCUGGGAAGGGGCCACUUGGAUCCUAAGUUUCUCUUUGAGUUUGGCCUGUGAUGGUGCCCAUUCUGUUUGACCUUUCAAGCAGCAGCAGAGAGAACUCCUCCUUGUCUCCCUAGAUGCCUCCUGGAAAGUUCUGGCAUGGCUUUAGCCUUCACAGCUGGCUUUGGAUAUCUGCUGUGGGCAUAGAGUUGUCUCAGCAGCCAGCGGAGGAGAGCAGGGUGCUGGGCUCGAUCACCUGGAGAAUGGAGCUCUACCAGUGCCCCGUCGCCGUCUCUGUCCCACAGGUGUGCACAACAGCAGUGGUCCAUCUGUUAAAGGAAAUGUGCUGAGCACCUCCCGUAUGCCAGGCACUGUUAUGUGUGCCAGAGACCCAGCAGUGACUGGAACAGACAGAAAACAUCUGCCGUCUUGGAUCUUUACAGACAAUAAACAAAUGAGAUAGAUAUGGUAUUUUGGAUGGUGAUGUGUGUUGUGGACAAAAUGAAUCAGAGAAGAUGGAGAGGGAGUGCUGGAUUGGGAGGUGGGUUGUGAUUUUAAAUAGGCUGAUCGGGGAGGGCCUUAACUGAGACGGUGAAAUUUGAGCAAAGACCUAAAGGAGGUCAGGAAGUGAGCCUGUCGGUCUCUAGAUCUAGGCACAGGAGGUGGGGUCUUGUCUGGUGUCCUCAGGGAAUGGCAGGGAGGCCCUUGGGCUAAAGUGGAGUGUGCCAGCUGGAAGAGAGGUGGAGGGCCAACCCGUGUGAGGAUCAUGGGUCUUCGCUGGGCCUUGGGGUGCCUCAAAGGGAGGUAGGGAGCUUUUGGACAGUUUUGAGUUGAGGACUGUGUGGUCUGAAUCUGUAUUACAUUUCACAAGGGUUAACCACAGACCUAAGGAUUCAGUAAAAUUCGGUGGCUGAAAGAGUUUUAUGCAGUUAUCCCUGCUCCCAGUUUCCAUGAAUGGGACUCCCCCAACCCCGCCCUGCCCGUGUCUGAAUUUGGUACAAGACCUUCAGCUCUCAGCAGAUGUAAACACUUGAUUAUUGUGUUGUAUCUCUGACCUCUGCACCCUGCAGCAUCCUCUUACCUUCGUGUAGCCUUCUCCAUGCAUUGGGUCUGCUGGUGGCAUUGAGUUCAACCCAAAGGUACCAGUUCAUGUGUAUGAGGCCCUCAGGAGAAAAGGUGGCCUGGUGUGGGAGGCACCCCCUUGCACUUGCCCACUCGUGUUGAAGCGAAAAGCAAGAAUCAGCUCAGUGAUGUAAGGGUAAAGGAUUGGUAUUUCUAAAGUUUAUGUCAGUAGUCAUUGCUUCUGUUUAUUGAAGAGCUCAGAUUAUAAAUAUCAGAACAAAUGUCUUGCCCAGUAGUAGAGUACUGUCUCAGACUCCAUUUACUGCUGUGAGCAGGGGCACGCUCCUGGGGCAGGCUGUUUCUUGUACUGAGAAGAAACCAACUUGGACAUGCCCUCUUUAGUAGAGUAUGGGUAAUCUUACCCUCUCUGGAUUGUCAGGGGCAGGUGAAAGUGACAGCUCUGACGCUGUGUGGUGAUGUCACGUGGGAUGGGCAGGGGGUAGUGGAGAGAGAUACUGGGGCAGCAUCUGUUGGUGUUCUGCUGCCCAUUCAGCUUUGUACUCGGGAAGGUUUGGUCCUCUUGGCUCUGCCUCUCUCUUGCUUCCUACAGCAGCACCUGCUGCAGCCUGGAAUCUGGUGUCCCAUCACUGUCACCGUGCCAAAAACUGGCGCUAGAAGUAGCUGGGCAGGGACCAGAGUCACAUGUGUUGAGGGCCCAGGGUUGUGGGAAGGGCCUUGGGGUCAUCAGAGCUGGAUUCCAGGCUCAGUGUGCCUUUUCUUGGCAGGAUGAUCUUGGGCAGGUCACUGCACAUCUGCGCUUAUUUCCUCAUGUGUAAAAUUUGAGUAACUGGCUAUGCUACCUGACUCCUGAGAUUGGCGAAAGAGGGCUUGGUUUCCUGGGGCUCUGGGUUAGGUGGCUGAUCUGUAAGACCAGAGACCUCACAGAGCUGCAGCUCCCUGCUCCCAUCAGCUGAUGCUGCAACCACAGAAAUACCCCUUUUCUCUUGUGCCACCUGGCACCUCACAGAGUUCCUGUCCCAAUAAGGGAAUUUUUACUGCCAUUUUUAUAAAAUGAGAUAUACUUAUUUUUAAACGUUCAAAUCAAAUUUUAAAAUGUACAAAGAAUGAAAUAAAAGUCAACAGAAAUCCCUCUAUACUGAGGCGAGCCAUUAAUGUUUGUGAUUAUACUGAUGCAAUCUGCUAAAUAACCUGUUUCUAAAUAAUUUUAAUUAUAUGGGUAAUAUGUGAUCAUGAUAGAAAUGUUAGUAAAUACAGAUUAGCUAAAAGGAAAAAGAAACACCUACCUACUUGGAGCUAACUGGUAAACCUUUUGGUGUAAUCAGUGUUGGAUUUGACUUCGUUGUCCUUCCCUGAACCUCCCUGGCCUGGCCUGCCUUGUGCUGUCUCCCUUCGCCUGGAGUGCCACACCCCGAUCCAUGCUGGCCCAGGUCCUCACUCUCAAGGCCCAGCCCUUCCUGACCCCCAUCCCUCUGAGCCCUCUCCCCUGCCCCCACCACUCCUGGUGCCAGUAUCCUGCUCUGUUAGGUGAUAUUUGGGUUUCCAACAGUUGUGCCUCCCGCUGCAGCCGGGCUAAGCGCACUGGAGGCCAGGGUAGGCUGUUCAUUUGUCUGUUUGCUGUGCAGAGGAAAUUUUGCAUAACAUUGUCGUUGUUAAGGAAUAUAGAACUGAAGUCAGUUCAGCGAAGUCAGGAUUGGAGUUUUUUGAAAAGGCCCUGAGUGAAAUGUUGACUGGAGGCCACCCACAAGUGUACUCCUGCUAGUUAGGAACCCAGCUGUGGGUGGUUCUGAGCCAUAUGGCUCCAGUUGACAGUUUUUCACUGCCCCAGCCCACAGUUCUCAUCAAAUACCCCUAUCCUGGCCUGGAGAACAUUCAGGCUUCUUCUGGCCCUGCACAGCCUUCUCUUGCUCCCUAGGGGCAGCUGGGGAGAGCCAGAUGGGCUGGAACUCCACAGAGAGGAGUGGGCAUCAGACGGGCUGUCAGCCACCUCUUCAGUGUGGUCGGCCCCACGUUUGCUAACAGAGACUUGUCAGCCCAGAGUUGUGAGGAGAAGCAAGCACAGGAAAUGUAAAUUACUAUGGACCAUCUCACACUCAUCAAGUUGGCAAAUUUUUAAAAGUCCUAGUGUGGGUAAGUGUGUGGAACAAUGGGAACUCACUGCUGUGGGAGUGGAAAUUGUGACAACUGCUGUGCCAAGCAAUUUGCAAAAUUUUGUAAAGUUGUGUACACUCUACCACCCAAUGAUUCUACUCCUGAUAAACCCUAGAAGAACUCCACGUGAAGAAGGAGAUGUGCAUAGGAUUGUUGAUUGCAGUAUUGUUUAGGUAGCAAGAUUGGGACAAGCCUAAAUUUCCAUCAACAGAAAAGCAGAUAAAUAAAUGGGUUGUUUUUGGUACUUUGGGAAGUGAAUGUGAAAGAACUGGAAUUACAUAUUUCAACACAGAUAAAUCAGAAAUGCUGAGAAAGUUGCAGAAGCUAUAUCCAAUAUACCAUUUAUGUAAAGUUAAACAUACCGUGUAUCUAUGGGCACAUUGUUUAAACUUACUUGUGUUUCACUUUUUCUGUAAAAUGGAAUAGUAGUCCCGACUUCACAGGGUGAUUGGGGCGGGGGGUGGUUAAUGAAGUAAUGCAUGUAAAGGCUUAGAAUAGUGGCUGGCAUGUAAGUGUUAUUGGCAGAGGGUAAACAGUGGUGUUAUUGUUUUGACAAUAAUGUAUUUCCUGUGGAUUCUAAUUAUAUGAACUAAGAUUGUAUAAAAUCAUGCAUUGGAAUGAUGUGUGAAAGUCGUGCUCUGCCUCCCCUGGGUGGGAGCUGCUGAUGGAAUCAGGGAGGGUACAUGUGGGCUUCAGGUGUGUUUGAUUUUGUUUUAAAAAAUGGUGUAGAUGGGUCAGCAUGUUGAUUUAACAGGAUAGUGUGGCAGAUUCUUUUUUUUAACUGUUUGCUUAAAAUAUUUAAAAAUAAAAAUAUUCUUAAGGUUUGGCUCUGACAUUUUAUGAUUUUAUAGAAAUUCUGGCUCUGCCAUUUGUGUGAUGUUACUUAGAGUGAACCACUUAAUCUCUCGAGGUCUCAGUUCCCUCACCUGCAAAGAUCAGGAGCAACGCAAAUGGCUGUCAGUAAAGGAAUGGUUCAACAGGUGGGUGUAUCUGAUGGAAUACCAUGCCACUGUUAAAAAGAAGGAGGAUGUUCAUGUAUUGACGUGUGAUCUCCAAGACAUGCAGUUUACAGGAAAUUAUAAGCUCUAUUUCUUUUAAUUCCUCCUUGCCUAAAAAUAACAAGUGAACCCAGAAGCUAUAGACUUGUAAGUUUAAGAAAUGGGAUCCUGUGGACAGAGACGCUUAGUCAGCCACUGCAGUUUGUUAGGUAGAUCAGGAAAGGUGAGUAAACGUUUAUGUACCAACUAGCACACCUUUUAAAUUAAUGCUAACCAUGCUAAGAACAACAAAGAGGUUUUGUGUCAGGAGCCAGAACCAUAUCAGUGAUUUUAACAAGAGGAACUGACAAAGAAGCUGUCGCUAGAUAAAUAUCUAAGUAACUAAAAAGGCAAAAAGAAAAUGCUAAGGUAUCCUGGAGGCAGUAACUGAGAAGCAGCUACGACCCCAGGACUGGGGGAACUGUAGUAGAGUCUGACCCCAUUUUUUUUUUUUUGAGGUUCAUAAUAGUUUAUAUCGUGAAAUGUCAGUUGUACAUUAUUUCUUGACUGUCACCAAAUAAGUGCUCCCCUUUACCCCCCGUGUCCUCCUCCAACCCGCCUUCCCCUGGUAACCACUGAACUGUUUCCUUGUCCAUGUGUUUGUUUAUAUUCCGCGUAUGAGUGGAAUCAUACAGUGUUUGUCUUUCUCAGUCUGGCUUAUUUUGCUUAGCACAAUUCCCUCCAGACUCUGACCCCAUUUUUGAUGAUAGCUUUCAAGCCCUCCUGCUCCCCAUUUUGCCU